GCUGACGGCGAGCCUGGUCUCCUCAGGACUCGCUGGGGCUUUGGCUUCUGGAACACAUGGGGCUGAGUCCAUGCUGACAACGCGGGGGCUUCAGGACAACACAGGGUCGAGUCCACGCUAACGGGAGCCAGGUCUCCUCAGGAGUUGCUGAGGCUUCGGCUUUGGGACGUUGUGGAGUCCAGUUCACGCUGACGGGAGCCCCGUCUCCUCAGGACCGGCCGGGAGGUGGCGCGGCUGACGGAAAAGGUAAUCCACAGGACCCAAGACAUGGUAGCUACUAUACUCUUCCCAUGGUGCCUCUUAAUAUCAUGUGGACUCCUACAAGGGAAAAGGUUGCCGUUUCAGCAUUUCAAGGUCCUUUAGCCUGUUGGUGUUGUGGGAAGAGGUGAAGGAGCUGUGCUGACGCCACUGAAGGCAUAUUUUCAAGAUACCAAUGUGAUUCCUCAACAUCAUAUCAAUAAGAAAACGACCCAGAGCAGGAGGAAGGAGAGGAGGAAAUGGCAGCUUCUCAGCCUCCACAAUGGCCAAUGCUCAUCCAGGCAUCCAAGAGGAAAUCUGUCCUGGAAAUGGAUCGCCCGAUUAGCUCACUGAUCGGGAAUGAUGACCUGAAAUCCACCUGGCCCUCGGGGCGUCCCAUCAAGAGAAGUUUGGUCCAGGACUCCAUAAGCAGCAUCCAGGCACCAGGCAAGAGAUCUGCUCAGAUCUCCACCCUGGCUUGUCUGAACCCACCAAAGAAACCCAGACUGAGUCCCAUCCAAUUUCCCAAGAAGAGCACCCUGAGACCAGAUCCACGGGUUUUCCAGAAUCUGCAGCCUCCACCCAGUACCACCGGACCUGGGCCAACCGUGGCACCCCCAGUGACCAGGAAGACACCCGCCCAGGUGCAAAGCAUUGACCUCCAGCCUCCACGUAACACAUCUUACCUGAAUACUCUCCAGGCCUACACCAGAGUCCAGCCUCCACCCGUCAAACAUGUUCCAGGCCAGCCUCUCAGGAUGCUCUUCAGGAGAGUAGGCAAAGCCUGGUGGAGCUGCACAUACAUGACAUCUCCCUCUUUGUCUCCUGCUGAGAAGCCAGCCUCUCCUGCGCAGAGCCCACCCAUGGGCAAGAAGUCUGAGGAGCACUGUGCCCCAGGCCACUGGAGUGUCCUCUAUGAUGACCUUCAGAUUUCUUCUUCCUCUGAAGAGAGUGAGUGAGAGGGAGACACCAAUGACCACUAAGACAUGUCCUUCAGCCCCAGGUACCCUGGAGGUGACUGUGGAACAGAGGAGGGGAAGUCCCAAGGAGUGGCCUGUUCCAGGUCAAUCAGUGAUUCUUCACCUCUGGGGGGUGGGUGGGUGAAACAAUAGUGGAAACCCAGGUUUUGCUUAGGGACACACAUGUGGAAAGCACUGCAUUUUCUCCUGAUGGAAUUAGAGUCAACAUGGAAAUGGUGCUUAUCAAACUGGAAUGUCAAUUCUUUUGCAAGCUCAAUCCUUUGUAGACAACUUUGAGACAAUUCCACGAGAAAGUUUAACUGUGGUGUAAAUAGAAAGCUGUGGUGAGAAUCUGGAAUUGGUGGCAAAUAUCUCAAAGUAUUGCACCUGGCUAAAGGGCCUAACUCUGCUUUAUAGAAUGACAGCAGGGCCCUGAGUUAAGAUGAGAUUUGUGGAUUCUGUGGACUUCUUUCCAUGUAAAUCAUACAGGGGACUGCUCCUGUGGCUUUGUUUAUUAUUAUUAUUAUUGUUAUUUUUCUUAGUAAACAUUAUUCUAAAGCUUUGUUUAAAAUUUUUCUUUCAAUACCAAUAAAAUUCUGGGCA